AUGGCUCCCUCCAUGGGAACCGCGGCUUACUAUCUGUUGUUGCUGGUGGCUCCAAAGCCGAUGUCUGUGUACGUCGAGGCAAAAACACCGCAAAACACAUUCACUUACAAAUCAUCGUUUAUUCAGGAUACAAUAGAAAACGCCAGUGAAACAUGGAUGAAUAGGCCGAAGAUGCGUAAAGGGAUCAAACGCGUCCUAGAUAUAGAAGAGACGCCGUUUAUUUGCACUCCCAAACUAAUACGUACACGAAGUAUAUUCACAAUGGACCGCGCGGAGUCUGAAGCAGAGUCGCCGCCCAAACGCGCGAAGCUGUCGUCACCAGGAGCUGCGCACACGCCGCAGGCCGGCGCCGGAGCGGGGGGCUCGUCCGUGUCGCGCGCGGUGGCGGCGCUGCUGCACGUGCCCGACGUGUGCGUGACGGACGAGCACGCGCACGCGCACGCGCACGUCGACAGGGCGGGCGCGGGCACUCCGCAUAGCAUACUUAAGAUAAGAAGAAACGAGGACCGCGACGCGCCGUCUCCAGUGGACUCAAGAUAUCUGGGCGACAGUGACGACGAGCUGCUAGAAACUGCCAGCAACCACACUCACUACAGCGACUCCACUAAUAAGCAUCUUCGCUUCACAAUCCCAACAGCAUCAGAAUCAGGUUCUACGCCAUCGCCCACACAAGCGAAUGCGCUUGCGCAGCUUCGGCGCGAACCGCUGAGAAGGACGGAGCCAUCCGCCUCGCCCGUCAGGGAACAAGAGAUAGAGAUAUCGAGUGACAGCUACACCACUAGCACGUCGCGAAACAACAAAUCGAAGAAGACAUAUAAAGACAAUGUACGAGCAAGGCAUACUCUGUCGGUAUCAGUAAACAGCAGCCUAACAGAUACAUCGAUGGAGAGCAUCGCGGACAUUCCAAUCACGCUCAUCAAUCCUCGAUACUCCGGCGAGAAGGGACGGCAGAGAUCUAUCGAACGUGACAUUGGUAACAACUCGACGAUGGAUUUGAUUGAACAGCGAGAAAGAGAUAUCGAGGAGUUUACAAGAGAGAAAAGAAAUAGACAGACCGGGCCGGCGACACCGAAGGGACGCAGGAGUAUUAGAUCCGUUGGAGAGAGUACGCCGUUGGUUACUAGAAGUCAAUCCGGAACCCCAGAUCGGCUAGACUCUCCGGUUGUAACACCAUUGCGAACUCGCAGAACGAAUAGGAGCAGGUCCCGCACUCCGGAGUUGAGUCCUCGCUCGUCUGCGCUCGCGUCGAUCCCCGAGCAACCCAGGCAAGAGCUGGAUAGCGAACCGCAUGCUGAGAAGACUACGCUCAGCGUGCCCAGACAGUUGAGGAGCAGAUCCCGAACGCCAGAGAGAUCAGACAAGGGCAUUAUUGAAUCUCCGAAGCUUGCGCCGAUCUGCGAGUCGCCCACUAAAUCCACCAAUACGGAAUCGUCAUCGUCCUCGCCGAGCCGACGUAGUUUAAGGAGCCGUUCUCGGACGCCAGAAGUUGAAGCAGAGCCCGUGGCUGUCGAAGCUAGUCCACGCAGUCUAAGAAGUCGAUUAAAAACUCCAGAGAAAGCAAUGUCACCGAAAAUGCCACAAUCCGCUCGAAGAAAACCACUAUCACGACGAGUAUUAGAAGCUAUUGCAUUCGCUAAAGCGAAACAGGCUGAACAAACGGGUGAAACGGCCGACAUUUCUUGCACACCAGUUAAAACUAAUCAAGCACCAAGCCUCUUGGAUGUUUCCUUAUCUCCUAUAGUCAAUAAAUCUGUCCUACAAAGUUCUGAAGAUAGUAUCCUGUCAGAGACAAUUGGAGACAAUUCGGACAAGACCCAAGGCGGCUUGAAAACAUUGCCAGCAUUUACAACAAUACACGAAACUUUUGUAGAGAAAUCUGUGCUACGAAGCUACCGUAGCAGCGUAGCGGAUCCGUCGCUGACUGAAGAAGAUACUACAGAAACUGCAGACGAGGCUAGCACAAGCAAUAUACAACCAAGGCCUGUUUUGAUCACUAUUAACGAGACUGAAACUCGCAAGUCAGUGCUACGAAGCUACGACAGCAGUGUCGCGGAAUGUUCUAGUAUAGUAGAAGAGCCUAAAGUCGAAGAACCGAAACCGUUUGCAGCGUUCUCGAAAAUGAUUGAGUCUGACUACGAAAAGUCUGUGCUACGUAGCUACCAGAGUGAUGAUAAUGAACCGUCUAGUCUUAUGACUAAUGACAGUGACGAGUCUGAACAAGAGGGUAGUAAGGAUUCUGCAGUCAUACAAAAGGAGAAGGAAAAGAUUGUUGAGAUAGAAAGGGAGAUUAGUGAGAUUGAAGGUGACAUAUCUGAGGAAGAGAGUACUGAAGAAGAGGAUGAGCCACAGGGGGUUAUCGUUGAGGCAGAGACAAGCAGUCAGGAAGACAGUUCUGAGGAGGGAUCCGGCCCCGAACAGGCACAGGAUAUAAUAUCAAUUAACGAUACUUCAUCAUCGGAUUCGUCGCUUAAAUUCGACAAGAAUUCAUCCGACACACCCGUGUACCAAGUCGACGUGGAGUUACAUGAGAAGACUAGCAAAGCUUUUGAAACUUCGUUCUCGGUCGGUACGACAUUUGGCGUGAAACUUGAGAAGGAAUUGCACGCUGAUGUUUACGUGGAAAAAGAAGACGCCAUGCCAGGAAGGGCCCAAGCCUCAGGGACUAGAACAACCCAUCCCGCUCGGGUCCCUCAUACAGGAACGCAAUCGUUAGAGAUAGUAGCCGCGGGAAGCCAAACAGACUCGAACACUAGUGAUCCAUUAAACGCGAGGGCGUCCGAUUCCGAAAACUCGUCGGAUUCGGAACCUCAGGGAAUAAAUCUACAUUACUCGGAGGAGAAUGUCGAAGGGAAUAUGACGAGUGAUGAGGAUGAAGUAGAUAUGCGAGAAUCAGGAGCGUAUGGUAAAUUAAAAAAUGCAAUUAUUCCGCUGGGAUUCAAACCUUUACAUCAGGAUGCAGCGUCAGGUGUAGACGAGCCCGAUGCUCCUUCUAACAGCAAGCAAAUAACUGAAACAGAAAUUCAACCUGAGGGUGUACAAGAAACUAUCAUUCCAGUUCAACAUGAGGAAAUUAAAAUAUCAGCGACAGAAACCAAGGUUGAUGCAAAAUCUAACGAAGUGGAACAAAAAGAUGAAAAUAGAGAAACUGUACUUGAAGUUCCCAAGGAAGUACCGGUUGCGCUCGAUGUUGAAGUAAAAGGAGGGGUGGAAAUCGAAAGCAAAGAUCUCUUAAAAUCCGCUGAUUCUGAAAAGAUUGAUAUUGUAAAAAAUACUGAUAUUGAAAGUAAUAAAAAUGCAAAGAUCGGUGACGCUGACAAAAUAGAAACUCGAAAACAUGCUGAAACUGAAAAUAUAGAAGUCUCAAAAACCGAGCCGAAACCAGACGUUAUAAUAACCGAUGAAAAAAUGUCAGAACCGGAUUCAGAACAAGUCAAACCUGCUGCACGAAUUACGAAACGAACAAAAUCUACAUCAUCAAACAAAUCCGUCGAUGAUCAAACACCUAAACGCAAGCGAACACAAUCUACUGCUUCGAACAAAGACGCAGAAGAAACAACACCAGAAAAUAAAGAAACUCCUAGAAGACGCGCUAAAACCCCAACAAGCGCCGAAAUUAGGAAGAUAGUAACAAGACGCGUAUCAAAGGAAACUGGGGAAAAACUUGAAGAUUACAAAACUUUGGAUGAAACAUUAACUCCGAAAAGACGUAGUACUCGGAUCAGAAAAAAUGUGGAAGACAAUGAAAGUGUGGCGUCUGAGAGCUCGGUUACUUCGAAUAAGAGUAAAAUGAGUGAGGAUACAGGCGAUGCUAAACCGGGAAGGAAGGGCAGAAAAUCUGUGCUGGCCACUAAAACAGAUCUGUCUGUGAUCCCUGAAGUUGUGGCGGAAGAAGCGAGCAAGGAUUCAAGUGAUCUCCCUGGUAUUUCUACUGGAAAAAGGACAACUAGUCAGCAAAAGUCAGCGGUGGAAUCAUGGCAGGGCCCACGCCCGGCGUCUCGCUCCUCGCGUCGCGCCAGCGCCGCGUCCCGCGCCAGUGUGGCCAGUGUCGCCAGUGCAGCCGGUGCCGCCAGUGUGGCCAGUGGCGCCUCGUCAGACGACGACGACGAUGACGUCACGCACACAGCCUUCGACGUUCAGCCCAUAGACAGGAUCUCGUUGCUUAACAAAACUGAUUUUGAAGGCACACCCGAUAUUGAAGAAAUGCACAACAAUAUGUCGCCGGAGUCCAUCGCGUCAGACGCCAGCAAGCAACGUAGAAUGCGCAUGGGCCGGGCGGCGUCUGAAUCAAAAGUCACGCCGAAGGCAGCAAAAAUUGGUAGAAGAAUUUCCGUAGAUGUUGUGGCGUCGCCCGAGGCGAGUGUGUCGGGCGGGCGCGGACGGCGCGCGUCGUUCACGCGUGCAUGCGAAGCGCUGCACACGCCCAAGGGACGCCGCGCCUCCACAGACGCCAGGAAGGGUGAUGAGGAGAGCACUCCGGAGUCGCCGGCGCUAUCCCCCGCGCCUUCUCCUGCGCGCCGCCCGCGCCGCGGCUCCACGCAUUCCAACACCAGCAACACCAGUCUCACUAAGUUGGAUACUAAGAGGUCAAAGAAAAUGCCCCCAUUAGAGGAAGAAGAUAAGGAUAGCGAGAAAAAAUAGUUUAAAAAUUAAGUUAUUAUUUUAUUUUUAAUGUUAUGGGUUGUAUUUUUUUCUAAUAUAAAAUGUGUACCAA